UGUGUCAUGCUCACCCUGCAGAGUUUAACUAGGCUGUUUCAUCAAGUCUGUUUCAUCAGGUGGAUCUUAAGUCCUCAUGGAGGAAAACUUUGUGCUCCUGUUGCUCCUUCUGUCUCCAGCAGCUUCAGACCCUGAUGUGGUCCAGGUGAACCCUGGAGAUGACGCCACUCUGCCCUGUCAGGUUCACAGGGCCCCCAUCAGAGCCGUAGAGUGGACCAGAACCAACCCGGAGUCUCCGGUCCUCUUCUUCAGAGAUGGACACACAGAGACCCCGUUUAAAGGCCGGGUCCAGCUGCUGGACCGGGACCUGAAGGACGGAGACGUGUCUCUAAUUCUGAAGAACGUGAGCAGCAGCGACGCCGGGACGUACGAGUGUCGAGUCGCAGCAGACCCUGAUGUGGUCCAGGUGAACCCUGGAGAUGACGCCACUCUGCCCUGUCAGGUUCACAGGGCCCCCAUCAGAGCCGUAGAGUGGACCAGAACCGACCCGGAGUCUCCGGUCCUCUUCUUCAGAGAUGGACACACAGACACCCCGUUUAAAGGCCGGGUCCAGCUGCUGGACCGGGACCUGAAGGACGGAGACGUGUCUUUAAUUCUGAAGAACGUGAGCAGCAGCGACGCCGGGACGUACGAGUGUCGAGUCGCAGCAGGUAGAUCCAGAUCUAAGAGGGCCCUCAUUGAGGAGCCUCCCAUCAGAAGGAUCCGCCUGGAGGUUCCAGACCCAGGUCCCAGGUCUGGAGACACCGAGGACGCAGACUACAGGCUGUAUGCUGGACUCGGAGCAGCAGCAGCAGCAGCAGCAGCAGCAGCAGUUUGUUUAGCUGCUGUUACAGUGGGGGACAUGCUGACAAGAAACCAGAACCGUCUCCUGAUGGAGCCGAUCAGCUCCUCUGAUCUCUGAGUGCCUCGACAUGAAAGAGUUUCCUUUUGCCCGUUCUGUCAGUCACAGAGGGGGAACAGGUCCACAGGGAUCAGGUCUUAGCCUGCUGUUUUCUUAUUCGCUCACAGACUGAAUGUUGGUCCUGUAGUUCCCACCCUGCUGGAGCUGCUGUCUAGUUCUGUUACUGCAACGCUGCCCCUGACUAGGACUACUAGCAGCUUUGUAAAGAGAGUAAUGUAUUAAAUUAAAUGAGGUGAGGAACAGACUUUCAUAACAAACUGAAAGACUGAUGUGCUAAAUAAAACUCUGUUCUGAUGCGGUUUCUGUGUUUGUCAGGAUGCUUUAAACCUUGAAGUGUAUUUUUGGGAACAAAUAAAUACUUAUACUAUAAUAA